UAUUAAUUUAGACAUCAACAACGCUUUUUUGUACUUGAACGCGCGAUAGCCGGUCAAACGAGCAAAACAACCAGCCGGCUAGACGGUCUCUCUCCGGCAGCAUGUCCCAUCCACCAGCAGUACAGCGCAGUCUCACUCUUACAGAGGAGCUGGAGAAACUUGAACAGUCCAUCACUCUGACAUUACAAGGUAAGUGGUCUUUGGGUUCGAUGUAUCGUUACCGCUGGCUAAUGUGUGGUGUCUAUUGAAACGCAGAAAUCGAUUCCAAUUUUAAUAAAGCCCACCGGAUCGUUACCUCUAGCAUCAUACCAAUCGUUGAACAAUACGCGGAGAACUCAAAGGACGUUUGGGAAACUUCCAAGGUAGAAUCGCAAUAAACUGCAAUAUGUACGCUUAAACGCAUUCAUCUGACAAACGAUAUUAGUUCUGGAAGCAGUUCUUUGAAGCAAGCGCCAACGUUUCGUUGUCUGGCUACGAGGAGCAACCGCCAAUUGAUAAUGAACAGGACGCUACUGUUAGUACCAACGCGACCGCUACAGAUGACUCAACUUACCAAGAAGAGUCCGAAUCCUAUGCUUCACCUUCUUCGGAGCAUAUAUCAAUAAACCAGAAGGUUAAGGAUGAAGAUGACCCUGACCUUUCGACACUUUCAUUAUCCCCUUCACACAGCACUCCGCGUGCCAGGGGCAUAUCAUCUCGUGCCAUACCCGAUGAUGAUACUACCUCCCCACGUAUGGAAUACUCCUCAACCUUUGACCAACGUGAAGAUAAUCUACCCGCUAUUGAAUCACCCCUCCAGCUCUGCGGCGCAGGACCCAGGACCCCCGGGAAAGAAAACCAGCUUGGAUAUAACGAAAUUGCUACACCUAAUACUUCCUCAUCUACCGCGUUCAAUCCUACAUCGAAACUUAACCUAUCUACGGCUCUAAAGGGGGAUAGGGCCGACCCUCUCAUGCACCGGGUUCUGGAUAAAACGUAUCGUGUUCAGGCAACCCCACUGACAAACACACGAAGGCUUACUACCGCUAAAGGGAACAAUAAAUUUAACGUCGCUACUCCAUCUACUUCCCGGUAUAAGCUGGAUGAUUCUCCUCUUUCAAGCCCUGAGCUAGAAGCGCCUAAACUACACACAGAGUUGUUCGACUCACCUAUGAUUCGACGCAGCGCGGCUAAACGCAACCACAGCGAGACCAGAACUCCUGGAGUUAGUAUUCUAGCCACACCUUCAAAUAAAUUCAAAGGAGAUCCAAACCAGUGGGACAGUGAUGAGGACUUUAAGAAAGGCAGAUAUGCGGAUGAUGAUGAUGAAGAUGACUCGGCGCUCGUUGACUUUAGCCCACCAAAGACCAUGCAGUUCCACGUGCCGCAAAGUCGACUAAUGAAAACUCCAGGUAUGUUCACUUCAACUUUCGGCUUCCCCUUGGUUAUAACAUGAUACUCACAUACAUUACCAACGAUACAGCAAAGGAAGCCUCGAAGCGAAUCGUUUCGGAUUUACUCUACACUGCUGGGGCGAGCGAGCUGACUGAUGAUCUGGGCGAUAUUUAUGAUGACCCUAACAAUAGCCCAAGUAUUAUUCGCCGCUCUGGUGUAGAUGAAACGUUUUAAGCUUACUUAUAGAUCAAUAAUACUCUAGCAUUCAAUUUCCACACGAAUGACGGACCCUAGCAAGUCAUCUGCAUAUCCAUGCUAGUUGAUUGUUGCUCCAUUUUUACUACUAGACAUAAUUAAUCUACUAUCGUAAUCAUUCUUGCUUGCUAUUAAUUUGCUAGCUACUAGAUAAGUAGCAAUAAGUCGAAGAGUUGAAGGGUAUUUGGACAAAACCAUAAACAAGUAGUACGCGCAAAAAGGGGGUAGCUCUCAACAAGUCAAAAAAA